UCAGUGAUAGGGCAUCUCAUAAAUUUUUAAAAUUUCAAUUUUCAGUUGAUGAUCCAUCUUGCGACACCUGGAGAAAUGUCGCGCUGAGCACCCAUAAACAAGACAGACAUUUAUUGUACUAUGUAUUUGUUUAUCUUUAAUUAUACAUACUUAUCUGAACCAGUAAGUAAGUCCGAGUUAAUUGUCAAUUGUCGGAAUUGCCUAAAUAAUGCUGUUCAAUUGUCCUCCUUCGGACUUAGUCUCGUAUGUACUAGAAACUUUAUCUUUUUCAGGAACCAAUGGAUGCUCAUUACUGGACAUGUGGACUAGUAUAGCUAGUCGACUUAAUCUGGAUAUUAUAGAUGAAUUUCAAAAACAAAUCAUUUGGCAAUGGUUAUUCUUUAGUGAGAAUGAUAAUUCCAAUAAUGUCAAAUUGUAUGUGACUAAAAAUAAAGUAUCAUUAAUUAUAUUACCUAAUUAUUCUCAAUUUAUAAUAAAGGAAGGUGAUGAAAAAUCCAUUAAUGUAAUGCCUACAGAUGAUACACAAUGGAGAUAUCUCACAGGUCUUGAAUAUACAAGAAAGGCUCGAGUUCAAUUAGGUGAUAAACCCUUUGAAUUAUUAUGUGAAAUAGCCAAAAGUGGACCUUCAGGUAUAUUAUCAGCAGAUCUAUGUAGAGCUACUGGUCAAGAUCCUAAAUCUUUAACAUUAAGAUUCAAGAAAUUGCAAGAUGCUGGUUUAAUAGUAAGGAAUUUUGUUUAUGACACUAAAUCUCGUCAACAUACAAGUUUACUCAUACAUUCUAGUUUUGCUAAAGUUACUAAAUCUUCAGUAGAUACUACUGAAGAAGAAUCAUUUCGAAAUGUAGUUAAAGCCAGACAAUAUAUUGUACAAUCAGUUAAGACUGCUCCCAACAAUAUUCGAAGCUUUAGAGAUCUAAAGCGAGAAUUAAACCUUCAUAAGAAUCGAUCAUCAUCCAAAUUCUUUGGUUCAAUCAUUGAAUCAUUACAUCGAAAUAAGUAUGUAGAAAGAAUAAUGGUUAAAUCCCCUGAUGACGAAAGAUUAAUCUACUCAAUUAAAUAUUUACGUGAUUUACCCAAAGAUCCUUAUGAUUUAGAUGUGUUUGUAGAUGUGUUUAAUCAAGACACAUCAUCUGAUGAUGUAGAACAAACGUUUGAUUUACUGGCUGAUAUUCAAAGUUUUGGGAAACCACUAUAUAAUAGUUUCUUCCCUAUCACCAAUCAAAUCCAUCAGUUAGCUGCUAAUGAAAAAUCAGCUGGUUUGAUUUCUUCAGAAUUACUAAGAAACUUAACAGGUGUAUCAACUUAUCGUCCAUUUUCAAGAUUAUUAGAAAAUAUAACUAGUUUCAAUACUGAUGGAACAAAUCUUAAACCAUUAAAGAAAUAUCCUGAUGAAUACGUUGAGCAUUCAGUGGUAAGAAUGUAUGAUAAUGAUGGGAAAUUCAAAUACUAUAAGUAUUAUACCAAACCGCACGUAAAUCAUACUAUGAAAGCUCAUAGUGGUAAACCACCCAAACAACCAACACCUCUGAAUAAAUCAUUACAACAAUUAAAUGAAAAGGAAUUCACACCUUUGGAGAAGAUUGCUCGUGGUGACUUUGCAACCACAAUGAAGAGAAAGAGUGAGGAAGUAGAUGCUACACCCAAGAAGAAGAAGAAAGCUUCUACUCCUAAAUCAUUAAAGAAUUUACAAAUAGAUAUGAAUGUUGAUGAUGUCCCAAUAGGUAGGAAGCGUGGAAGGCCCAAGAAAGUUAUAGAUUAUACGGAUCUGGAUGAUAUUGGAGCUGAUGAAGUAUCAGGAGAACCUGACUAUAAUCCAAUAGUACUUCCAAGCGAUAAUGAUGAUGAAGAAGAUGAUCUUGAAGAAGGUAACGUAGAUGAUGAAGACGAAGAUGUAGUGCCAAAGAAGGGAAAGAGAGGUUCUAAGGCAAAGUCAAAGACCAAACUGGUGGCUGAUACAGAAGGUGAAACUUCAAUUGAACAAAUUACUACUCCAUCCAUAGAAGAAGUAGUCGUUGAGUCUGUAACUCCAGAGCUUAAACCUAUCACAGUCAAUAUUGAAAAGAUAUCCCAUAAAAGGAGUAACCGACCCGAGAAGCUAGUUGUUUCUUCAUUAAAAUCAGCCAGAAGAAGAUCAGCAUUAAUUGAUAUAAUUAGACAAUUAGGAGGUGUUACUUAUACUACAGCUAAACUUCGUCGACUGUUAGAUGAUGUUCUAGGUAGUAAAACAACCACUGAUCUUAAAACUUUAGCUCGGGAUAUAUCUAGUCUUAUUGCCACUGGAGAAUUAAUUGCUGAAGAGAUUGAAUUCUCAAGAGGUGGACAAGAUGUUACACGAAAGAUAUUGAUCUUGACUGAUGAAAGAUAUAAGCCUACUAAAGAAUUAAUUGAUAAGGCUAAGAGUGAUUGUAUAACUGAUAAUGGAGGUACACCUAAACCACUUCGUCAUCGUGUGGUUGAAUCAGAAGUUACCUUUUAUAAUAUGGAAAGACCAAGUCCAAUAGUUCCACAAUCUAGAUUACUGUCAUUAUCAGAAAAGACUACUACCACCAGAAGAACUAGAAAGAAGAGAGUCAAGAAAGAAGCCAUAAUUGAAGAAGAACCAAGUGAAACAAAUGCAACUCCCGAAACUCUUGAAACUCCAGGUGCUGAAUCAAUGUCAAACUUGGUAACCAAGAAAUAUAGAGGUAAAUCAAGACCUAAGAAGAAAACAUCAUCUGGUAGUGGUCUGGGUAAAGAAGCUAGCGUUAGAGCUAGAAGAAGACUUAAAUUUACUCUGAAAUUUGAUAAGUCUGAUGCCACAACUCUUUUCCGAUCGAUUGUUAUUUCAAAGACUCUUAAACGAGGUCCUAUAGAUUUUGAAGAAAUUGCUGAUUUAUUUGAUGGGAUAGAUGCAAAGACUAUUAAACAAAAAUGGACAGUAGUUCGGAAACUGGUAGGAGGUUUAGCUGCAGUAUCUAAAGGAAUGGAAGAUUUUGAAAGAAUCAUUAUAAAAGGUAUAGAUGAUGAAUUAGUAUCGGCCGAAGAUUUACAGAAUUUGAAAUUCACAUUCUUUUUAGAUUUAUGGAAAGAUGCUGAUGGUACUACCAUUGAUGUUAUAGAUAAGACUCCAUUAUAUUUCUCAGUAGAUGAUAAUCUUGAUACUUAUAAUAGAGUUGAAACUGGAGAUAAUCAAUUAGAUUUGUAUGAAUUAUUGGAAGAUAAUUCUAUGAGACAAAAGGAAUUAUUACUUGCUGGAUUAACCUUCUUUGAUAUUCCAGCUCAAGAACUUAAACCUAAAGAGAAUGAUCAUCUUAGAACUGUUCUUAAGGCUAUCUUUUCUACUUCAGAAGAAAGUUUCUCUAUGACUCGAGUUAGUCAACUCUUAUCUGAAUAUGGAGAUGAUGUAACCCUUCAAACUUCAACAGCUUUAAUGAGAGAUCGUGAAAUGGUAUAUGCCAAAGUUGAUGAUUCAACCACUCGAUUUGUAUUGACUGAUAAGGUUAGUAAUGCCUUAGCAGUUAAGCUUGGACCUAAAUUUCUUAAACAAGCGGCUAGUUUUAAGAAUGAUGCUGAAGAGAUAUUUGAAGCUUCUAAGGGAUUAAUCUUAUCUCAAGGUAUUCUGAAUGGACAAAUGGCUUCUUUACUUUCUUUAUUAUCUUCCCGAGCAGCAUCAAUGACUCAUAUCGAUAAGACUUAUGUAUUUGAAGGUUAUGAAUCAAGAUUAAUUGAUAAAGAAAAGUUGGCGUGUGACAUUGUUAUCUAUAAAGGUAUUAAGUAUACUUCACAUCAAGAGCUUAAAAAAGUAUCAGUACCAACUGGAAAGGCAUGCUCUCAUAUAUGGAUAGAUUUAGAUGGUAACAUCAAUAAUCAAUUAUGGAUUAAAAUCAUUGUUUCUAUACUUUACUAUAUCCACUUCCGUCCUGGUAUACCAAGGUAUACUAUACAAGCUAAGCUACAAGCAGUUCUUGGACAUGGAGAUUUUCAGGCAGUUAUGGAUUGGUUAUUGGCUAGUCAAUGUAUACAUGAAGGACUAUUUGGAUCUUACUGGGUUGAUGAUUCAUGGUAUACUAUUUUGGGUGUAUAAGUUAUGUAUUAUGUAUUAUGUAUUAUGUAUUAUGUAUGUGUGUAUGGAUGUUUUGAUCUGUACUGCACACAAGACCCGUCUCCCCAUCGGAAAGUACAAUAUUUUAAUAAUUUUAUUUUUAUUUUUAUUUUUCAAA